GAAGUUGCUCAACAGGAAACACAGACACAAGCAAACAUUCCACAUGUUAAUCUGUCUGUCCGUCUACCUAUCUAUUAUAUUCAUUGGAGCACCAUCUCAACACCAUGUCUCUCCUUUUAGGGUUUGGAUUGCUGACCUGCAUAGCAUCAUCAGAGCCCAGUGCUGAGACCUCUGUGUUUGUGCUGAAGGGACAGGAUGUUCGCCUGAAUGUCCAGACAAAUGUUCAACUCCAAGAUGUUGAUGUGCUUUUUUGGAAGUUUAACAGAUUUGACCAUGUUGUAAAGUACCCCCCAAAAGUUACCUUUGGAACGUACCAACGUAGGGCUGAAUUGAUUGUGGGAGACUUCUCUCUGCUACUGAAGAACAUACAGGACGGAGACAGUGGACCGUAUACUGCAGUAGUGAGUGGUGACCAAGACAGAAAUGUUGCUACAUACGUGUUGGUAGUUCAAGAGAGAGUUGAGCCACCAGUCGUGACAGUGGACUCUGUCUCCUCCAUUAAUGGCAUCUGUAACGUGACUGUGACCUGCAGAGGCCAGAAAACCUCUGUCACCUCCAGCUGUAACAGCAGCACCUGCUCUCAGGUGGGAAGAGAGAGUAGAGGGGCUGAGACCUCCACUGUCCCCCGGCUCUCUGUGUAUGUGGCAGGGGGUUCCAUCAUAUGUAACCACAGCAACCAAGUCAGCUGGGCGAACGACACCAAGGAGAUAGUGGAACUCUGUCCAUUGAAAUCUGAAGAGCCUCAGCUCAUUUAGGCAUGGACUCUACAAGGUGGCGCAUGUUGACUCCAUUGCUUUCGACAGUUGUGUUAAGUUGGCUGGUUGUCCUGGCACCUAUCACAUAUCCCGUUUCAAGGAACUUCAAUAUUUUGUCUUGCCCAUUCACUACUACUAAUUAUGUAUACAUUUCAAUCAGGAUGUACUAAUCAGAAUACUAUUAUGUUACAUUUACAUUUACAUUUAAGUCAUUUAGCAGACGCUCUUAUCCAGAGCGACUUACAAAUUGGUGCAUGUUACUGUAUAUGUACUAAUCAGAAUACUGUUAUGUUACUGUAUAUGUAUGAAUUUUCUUUCUUAAUCCUAGUACUGAAUAUAAUGUGUGUAAAUAUAAUCAAGGAUUAGAACAAUGACGGUCUGUUCCUUGGUAGAAAUGAAUUAACUAAAUCUUCAGACUGGCUAGAAUGCUUAUCUACACCGGAAGACAUUGGCUCAGCCAUAAAUUAUAUUAAAUUGGUAGUGAGACGAUGUGGGAAGGCUUGAGAUACUGCCUUUGUACCAGGGUGGGAGAAGAGACGGGUUGGUAUUGGAACUAAUGACGUCAUUUUCAGUUUAUAACCUGUGGUAAACUGUAUCGUGUUCAGUACUCUCGUGAAUAAAGGCUGCUUUUUGACUUUAAGACCGGGCUCUGUCCAUUUCUAUAAAAUAAGGGUCUUACAAAUUCUUAUGAAUUGACAGAGUGUUUAAUUUUAAUUGGGUCUUAAAACAGAGCAAUUAAAUACCUGCAACACUAGCUCAACCAGUUCUAUUGACUCUUGUGUCACCAUGGAUACUCCUGCUGUUUUCAAAUCUCGCAGAAGGCUUGGACUGUUACAUUUAAAUGUGCCUGAUGUCUAAACUGGACGUUCUGGGUGCAUGACACUAGUCCAGAUGUUUUGUUUAUCUCAAGACCCGGCUGAAUAAUUUGAUUUCAUAAUUUCAUAAUUAAUAAACAUUAUGUUUGGUUUUUAAACGGCGAAAAUCCGUUGUUUCUAUGGCAAACAGUUUUGUUGUUGUAUGUGUAUAUGAAGUGUAAUAUUGGGCUGUGAAUUACAACAUUUUAUACAUUUCAACUCCACUGUAUAUCUGAUAUGGUACUGCUGUCUUCAUUUACUUAAACCCAUCACCAUGUGUGUGAGGUGUAUACUUUUGUUUCAAAGUAGAUUUGUUCAAGACCAACAUGAAACACUCUGUGUGACUCUGAUUUAACCCACUGCAGUAAAAGGUUAGGAAUAUCUGUCUUGAGUUCAGUUUAUAACGAAAGCCACUCGGAUUAAUGUACAAAAAAAACAUGUUUUGACGUUAUCAUGACUCACCGUCCCCAUAAGUAUUUGGCUAGUGAUGUUUUUGUAAAUGAUAUCAGCGACCACUGCACUAUUGAUUGCAUUGGACGUACCAAAUUGAAAACCUCUGACCCUUGAAUAAUAAAGAGAAAUGUCAAAAGAA